AAGAGACAUAGUGCAUAAGAGGCCAGGCGGCCAGGCAUCCUUCCUGUUUCAGUGAGACUCAUGUGCCAUUAAUAAGGAAGCUGCUUUCGUAACACCCCCUCGCUCUCCUUGCAUAAGUGUUAAUAGUCAAACGCUUAAUCAACCAUGAAUCCACCCCUAACCUCCCAAUCCCCAAGUAUCACGAGUGUGUGACAGCAUGAGACAGGGGUGCCGCAUUGAGAACCUAUAGCAGAUACGUAUGUCUCCUCUCUAGUUGUUUUUCUGUGGCUUUGCGGACAGUUUCUGAUCACGUUUCUCUGAAGCUGUAAGAAAGACCUUUGUAUUGAAACGCAUCAGCUUUGAAUAACAGGGCACCAUGAACUGGAAAGAAUAAAUCUAGUUGUAGUCCUGUUUUGGGGUGUUGCUAUCUUUUACAUUUUUGGAAGACUACAGCAACAGCUCCAGCAUGUUAACCAGAAUGGCAUAUCUUCAUGCUGUGGGUUUGGCCCUUCUAGCUCUGGGAGGCUGGUUGUCCCUUUGUGCGGCUGAUGUGGGGGACUUCGCCCCAUGUCUGAACUUCUUCUACAGGUCGUGGCCCCCCAAGGGUCUGUCAGGGACCCCCAUCUGUCAGCGCUAUGGGAACCAGUACCACUUCGCCUCGCUGUACAGCCGCCCACGACGCUCGCCAAGGUUCUCUGCCUACAUGUUCAGCCCGCCAGAAGGGAAAAGGCCCCCAGCAAACUGGAUGUUUGAGCCACAGUUAGCCAACACCACAGCGGAUGGCAACAUGACCCCCUUCCCACUAGGUGAGCUGGACCCGAAUGUGGUGAACAGCCAGGCCGUCCAGCUGGACUAUACCAACUCCUCCUACACUCGGGGGCACCUCAACCCCAGCCUUCACCACCGGACCCAGGAGGACCGCUUGUCCACCUUCACCCUGACCAACGUGGUCCCUCAGAAGUUUGGCUCCAACAACGGGCCCUGGGAGACACUGGAGAACCAGGUCAACCACACUCUCGGCUCCUACUGCCUCGGUGUGGCCUACGUCGUGACGGGGGUUAUUCCCUACCUGGACAACAAGCACUGGAUCAAGGGUCAUCGAGUGGCAGUGCCGGAGUAUAUGUGGUCAGCCUACUGUUGCCCUAAGUACAACAAGAGUCUACUUAACAAGGUUAAUCUUAGCAAGGUUUUCCCCACGUAUGCUGCUAUUGGACGCAAUGACCCAAACAGCACAGAAGAGAUUGUGCCCAUUGACAAAAGCAGUCACAAAUGGUUCUGGGGUUACGAUGUAAGGCGUAUGCCUCUGGAUACGUUGGAGAUGUACCUGAAGGAGCGAUUUGGGACCGUCAUCAGUGUGUUUUAUGAACAAUGCUCUGGGGUAAAAUGACCAUAUCUACCAUAUGUAAUGGAUCAUGUGUGCAUAGACAGCAAAAUGACAUUUUUUUCUAUUAAUUUGGCACUAAUAUCACAAGUAGUAUGUCCUCAAUUUUAGCACACGUGCUCUUAAAAUUGUCUAGAUUGCUCAACAGUCUAGGUAAGAAGUAAAUCACGGACAUCAAAAAUAUGGUAAAACUUUAUAUAUAACAGUGUCAAAAUAAUGUAAUACGCGUGGAAUGUGUCCCAAAUGUCAUAAUAAAAUGUCACUGAAUGUCAAA